CUAUCUUAUUAGCAAAUUGAGUCUAAAAUUAAUAGAGCUUUUUGAGAGAGAAAUGGUGAACUGGGUUGAAGCUCAGAAGCCUCUCUUGCAUGGCCUAAUGAAGUUCACUGGACUCCGGCAGACGUCUAUUGAGAUCGAGCCGGGAACUGUCAUGAGUUUUUGGCUACCAAAGGAGAAGCUCGACGAUAACAAGAACGAUAACAAUGAGAAACCGGUUGUAGUCCUUGUCCAUGGCUUUGCCGCGGAAGGCAUAGUAACAUGGCAAUUUCAGGUAAACAGUUUAAUGAAAAAGUACGCCGUUUACGUGCCAGACUUGAUUUUUUUUGGUGGCUCAAUGAGUAAGAGUGACCAGCGGUCGCCAAGAUUUCAAGCAGAAUGUCUAGGAAUCGCGUUGGAGCAGCUUGGAGUCGAGAAAUGUACGGUGGUUGGGUUUAGCUACGGAGGAAUGGUGGCGUUUAAACUAGCAGAGAUGAAGCCGGAGAUGGUUGAGUCAUUGGUUGUGUCAGGCUCGGUGAUUGCUAUGACCGAUUCGAUUAGCGAGACCGGGUUGGAAAGGCUCGGGUUUUCGUCGUCAGCCGAGUUAUUGUUGCCGGAGUCUGUUAAGGGGCUUAAGGCCCUUCUCAAGGUGGCUGCUUACAAGAAGCUAUGGUUCCCUGAUUGCUUAUACCGUGACUACCUUAAGGUUAUGUUUAAGAAUAGGAAGGAAAGAGCUGAGCUUUUGGAAGGUUUAGUUGUUAGUAACAAGGAUGCUGUAGUCCCAGCUUUACCACAGAGGAUACUCUUAUUAUGGGGAGAGAAUGACAACAUAUUCAAUAUACACCUUGCCAACAAAAUGAAAGAGCAACUGGGAGAGAAGGCAACAGUACAAGGGAUAGAGAAAGCAGGCCACCUUGUUCAUCUGGAGAGGCCUUUUGCAUACAAUCAAUGUCUCAAAGAAUACCUGGCUCUAAUCUAUCCUGAAACCAUCCAAAAUUAAUUACAUUUGUUUAUUUAUUUAUUUAAAAAUAAUUUAAUAAUGUAAGAAUAAAAACAUAUGUAAUGAGGUCAUUGUUAAGUUCA